AUGGAUGCGCGCAAAAACCAGGGAUUCAAUGGCGACGGCUUUGAGUACCUGAGAAACCCGCUGUGGUGGCUGGGCAUCUGCUCCUUGGUCCUCGGCGAGAUCUGCAACUUUGCCGCAUAUGCCUUUGCGCCUGCUAUUCUUGUAACGCCGCUGGGAGCCCUGAGUGUCAUCUUUGGCGCUGUCAUGGGCUCGUUUCUGCUGAAUGAACAGCUUGGACCGGUUGGUCGAUCCGGCAUUGCCAUCUGCCUUCUUGGCGCCGUGCUGGUCAUCAUUCACGCCCCCCCUGAACAGCCGGUUGAGACUAUAGAUCAGAUCCUCGACUAUGCUUUGCAGCCUGGCUUCUUGCUAUAUGCCUUGGCCGUACUUGGAACCGUCGUCUUUUUAAUAUACAAGGUUGCGCCGGUGUACGGCAAGAAGCACGCCUUAGUCUACCUCUCCGUAUGCUCGCUCGUGGGCUCAAUCUCCAUCAUGGGCAUCAAGGCGCUGGGCAUGGCUUUGAAGCUCACCUUUUCCGGCAACAACCAGUUCACCCACCCGUCUACGUACGCCUUCCUGCUCCUCUCGGCGGGGUGCAUUGUCGUCCAGAUGAACUACUUCAACAAGGCGCUGGCAUCCUUCCCGGCCAACAUAGUCAACCCUCUGUACUAUGUGACGUUUACGACGGCCACGCUAUCAGCUUCCCUUAUCCUCUACGGUGGUUUGAGCAUCAAAAAUGUCGUUACAAACCUGUCGCUACUGCUUGGCUUGCUGGUCACUUUUGUAGGCGUCAUUAUACUUAACUUGUCUCAGAGAGAUGCCGGCAUUCGCAACUCGGUGACGCGCGGGAGCUUCGAGAGGAUCCCGUUUCAGAGUCUUUCCAACGCAAGUAGCGCUUCGCUGGCCAACAACUACUACUAUUCGCGGUACGAUGACGAAUCGCGCUUGUAA